AUGUCAACUACAGUCAUUAAUCCAAACACUUUAAUUUUUCAAAACGUUAGUAAACAAAUAAAAGACAAUGUUAUUUUAGCACAAAUUAAAAAAAUUCUUCCGACCGUUGCUCCACGAAUCAAGCGAGGAGUUCCUUAUCCUCAAAAUGGUGAAGAAUAUCAACGUGCUUUCGUUACUUUCGACAAACUAGAAAGUGUUGAUGAAAUUAUGAAAAAUCGACCUUUUUCGAUCAAUGGGCGUCAGAUAAAAGUGACAAGAAGUCUUCCAAGCACUUGUCCUCUCUUUAAUCAAAGUGUUACUGGUCUCAAAAUUAAGAUUGGCACAUCUUCUAACGACCAACAAUCGAACAAGAAACUCAAUGAGUAUGAUUUGAAGAAAUAUUGUCAAAAAUUUGAUCAAGUUCUUCAAUGUCAAUGGACGAACAAUGAUCAUACCGAAGCAUUAUUUAUAUUCUCAGAUUAUGACUCAGUCGAUCGAAUUAUUCUCUGUAAUCCAUCACCACAAAUAAGAGGAAUACAAAUUAGCCUUGAAAAAACUCGAACAGCUGAAGACAAUACAUAUUGUGAACAUCCAUAUGUUAUUCAUGUGACUAAUUUACCAACGUGUGUGACAAGCGAAGAAGUAUCGACUGUCUUUAGAGUUCCUAUUGCUAAAAUUAUUCUAUAUCCUUGCUAUCUAUUGGAAACAAAUUGUCUUGUUAAUGGGCGUUCGUCUAGUGAAGCUUGGAUUAAAAAUGUCGGCGAUGAACAAACAACACAAAAUUUAGCAGAGGAGAAAUCUGGAUAUUUUAUCCGCAGAAAUAAAAUUCAAUGUGAAGCUAUUCUUGAACCAAUUAAUGAGCAAGAAUUAUGCGAAAAUUUUCAAAAAGGUUUUUGUCAAUAUUCCGGGACACAAUGCCAUUACAAACAUUACAGUUGCUCUGAACCGGAUACUUGUAAAGAUGAAUAUUGCUAUUUCGGUCAUAAUCAAAAACGAACAACAAUAUCCAUCGAUCGACCACAGUAUCGCUCAGAAGAUGCGUGUUAUCGUGUUAAAAUAAGUAAUCUUCCUCCGCAUGUUACACACGAUGAUCUUGUGACACGACUCAGAAUCCCACGGAAAUUUUCAUGUCAAUUAAUUGUUCAACCAACAGAGCAGAAUGCUAAUCAUCCUAAAUUGGCCUAUCUCAUACGUCAACCUUUAGAAAACAAACUUCGACAGCAAAUUGAUAAAUGGCAUGACUCACCGUUUUCUUCUCUAAUAACGCAGAAAAUCCAAUGUCAAUUGGAAAUUAAUCAAGAUUUAUUCGAAUGGAGCGAUUCUAACGAUGAAUUAUUAUCCAGGGAUAACAGUCACUGUGCUUCGCCAGCCUUGAGUACUUACAGUACUCCUUUGAAUGAGGCCAAAAUACCACCACUAUACUCAUCGGCAAACAGUACAAAAAGUUGUAAACCAAGUUUAGCAUUCAGACCACUCACUGGUGGAGGAAAAUCAUAUGCAAUGGCAGCUGUAUUACCAAAUCAAAGCAGUAGUUCACAAACGAAACCAACUAUUCGCUCUUUACGAACAGAAUCAGUUUUUGGCAAUCGUCCACCACCGUGGAAUGAUUCGAGUCUACUAGAGCAAUGGCAUUGGACCAGAAAAAUGUUAAUCAAAGAUCCAUUCGAUCACGAUGAAUUGUAUUGGGUUGAUUCAGAGUCGAAUGAAGAAAGAAAUGUUGUUACAAAAAUCUACUUACCAAAAACCGGUCGACUAGCACAAGUACGUGCCCAACGAGAACGAUUAGCACUCAAAAAACUGACUCAACUAAGCAGCGUACCGAAGCUGUUGGAGAGUAAUGCUGAUAGAUCAGAUAAUUCAGUGAAUGAAAAUCAAGAAUUUUGGAAUAUUAUGAAAUUGAUUGAUGGAGGAAGACUUUCAGAUUAUAUUAAAUCUAAAAGAGUUGACUUUCGAGAAGCACUACGCAUAAGUCGACAACUUUUGAGUUUAAUUAAAGAAAUUCAUCGUCUAAAAAUAAUCCAUUGUGAUAUUCAACCGAAAAAUAUUCUUAUUUGGCCACGGCCAAUUCCUGGCGAGUUCGAUUUUAUGUUGAUUAAUUUUUCUUCAUCUUGUAUUAUCGAUCAUAAAAAGCAUCUUCUGGUUCAAGACGUCGAUGGGCCAUUAGGAAAUAGUUUUUAUCUAAUGCCACAAUUUGAAAAACCACAAAAUGAUAGCGAUCAACGAGUCAAACAAUUUCAAAUAAAUCCUACAAUUGAUGUCACUGGAAUUUGUGCCAUAUUAUUUUGGCUCAUAACUGGUCAUGAACCGAAAGAAUCUAAAAAUAUAUGGGGACAACCACCACAUCAAUGUCAUCAAAAUUUGAAAAUAAUUGAAAAGAAAAUAGCUGAAGUAACAGCUUUUCGAAUGGAAAUGAAAAUAAAUGAACAUUUGAAAAAUCAUCUUUUGCUUACGUUUGAUCACUGUUUUGCCGAACCUAAUCAACAAUGGACAUUAGAAAAACUUGAAUAUGAACUUGACUUCAUGAUUUCAUUAUUAACAAUAGACCAGAAACAAUCGAAUUAUUUUCCUAAUAUUGAUUAUGUGAACAAUGAAAUAUCAUCAAUAUUUAUAACAUUGCAAGAUCCGUUUGUCUAUGUUAUAUCAUUAAUUCAUCAUUUGAAAAAAGAAUUUGAAAAUCGAUAUUCGAAAUUAAUUGGUUGGUUAAAUAUAGGAAAAGGUAAUUGGCGAUAUCAAGAUAAACAAAUCGAAAAUCAGGAUACAUUAGAUUUUAUUUAUCAAGGAAAACAUAUUUCAAUUGAUUUAAUUUGGAAUGUGAAAUUUUCAGAAGAACAACAGUUUCUUAUGAAUCUUAUAGCUAAGCUGCCGAACAACAUCGAUUUCGAGUUGCCAUUAGGAACUUGGGGAAGAAAUCAACAAACAAGUGGAUUUGAAGUUAUUCUUAGACAUGAAAGUAUUACAACUCUAGAUCAGCAGAACAAUUAA